GACUAGGGCGCGUUUGGAUGCAUACUCAAUAGAUCAUCGUCGUUCACCAGAGAGACCUCUUGUCCACCCGUAGUUGGACAUUUUGCUCAAUAUCUCCAUUAAAGCCGGUGAUUUCAGUCGCAUAAAUCUAUAUCCACUGUCAGAACUGACAACCGCUGGUGCAUAGAGCUCAACCAUAGAGGAAGAUGGGCCACGGCGAUAAAGGCCGGCCAAGCAAAAAGAUAAAGUUUUCCUCAAAGGAGGAACACAGGUCUGUCGAAGAAGAUGAACCAUAUUACGUCGAUGAAAUCAAUGAUGACUCUCAGGAUGAAGGGAAGAAAAGGGAUUUUACAAAACUUGAACUCAAACCUGAUCAUGCAAAUCGCCCAUUAUGGGCCUGUGCGGAUGGUCGGAUUUUUCUCGAAACAUUCUCUCCAUUAUACAAACAGGCAUAUGAUUUUCUCAUAGCCAUUGCUGAGCCCGUGUGCAGGCCGGAGUCAAUGCAUGAAUACAAUUUGACACCUCACUCAUUGUAUGCGGCAGUGUCAGUUGGUUUAGAGACUGAAACUAUAAUAUCUGUUUUGAGUAAAUUGUCAAAGACCAAGCUGCCAAAAGAAAUGAUUGAUUUCAUAUAUGCUUCUACUGCCAACUAUGGCAAAGUGAAGCUUGUUCUAAAGAAGAAUAGGUAUUUCAUUGAAUCUCCUUUUCCUGAGGUGUUGAAAAAGUUGCUUGAAGAUGAAGUUAUAGGUCGAGCAAGAAUUUCAUCUGAGGGGGUUCAUGGAAAUGAUGGAUUUACUGUCAGCAAGUCUGCGGGUGAAAUCGAAGGUAGGCAUGAUGAAUUGUUAAAUGAAGCAGAGCUGGCAGCUGCAGCAGAAGAAAAAGAAACUCAUUCAUUUGAAAUUGAUCCUUCUCAGGUUGAAAAUGUGAAGCAACGAUGCUUGCCAAAUGCCCUGAAUUAUCCAAUGUUGGAGGAAUAUGACUUCAGAAAUGAUACAGUUAAUCCUGAUCUUGAUAUGGAGUUGAAGCCUCAUGCUCAACCUCGACCUUAUCAAGAAAAGAGUCUUAGUAAGAUGUUUGGAAAUGGUAGAGCAAGAUCAGGUAUCAUUGUGCUGCCCUGUGGUGCAGGGAAGUCCUUAGUUGGUGUUUCUGCAGCUUGUAGAAUAAAAAAAAGCUGUCUUUGUUUAGCAACAAAUGCUGUGUCUGUGGAUCAAUGGGCUUUCCAAUUCAAGUUAUGGUCAACUAUUCGAGAAGAGCAAAUAUGUCGUUUCACAUCUGACAGCAAAGAAAGGUUCCAUGGUAAUGCUGGUGUUGUCGUGACCACUUAUAACAUGGUUGCUUUUAAUGGAAAACGUUCUGAAGAAUCUGAAAAGAUCAUUGAAGAAAUAAGGAACAGAGAAUGGGGAUUACUCCUUAUGGAUGAGGUGCAUGUGGUUCCAGCUCACAUGUUUCGAAAGGUUAUUAGCCUUACUAAGUCACACUGCAAACUUGGGCUCACUGCAACACUUGUGAGAGAGGACGAAAGAAUCACUGAUUUGAAUUUUCUUAUUGGCCCCAAGUUGUAUGAAGCGAACUGGUUGGACUUGGUGAAAGGGGGGUUUAUUGCAAAUGUGCAGUGUGCUGAGGUGUGGUGUCCUAUGACAAAGGAAUUCUUUGCCGAGUAUUUGAAGAAAGAGAAUUCUAAGAAGAAACAGGCACUUUAUGUGAUGAAUCCAAACAAAUUCAGGGCUUGCGAGUUUCUUAUCCGUUUCCAUGAACAUCAGCGUGGGGAUAAGAUAAUUGUUUUUGCUGACAAUCUGUUUGCGCUCACAGAAUAUGCGAUGAAGCUAAGGAAACCUAUGAUCUAUGGUGCUACCAGCCAUGUUGAAAGAACAAAAAUUCUUGAGGCAUUUAAAACUAGCAAGGCAGUGAACACCAUUUUCCUCUCUAAGGUUGGUGAUAAUUCUAUUGAUAUUCCUGAAGCAAAUGUUAUAAUACAAAUUUCAUCACAUGCCGGGUCAAGACGACAGGAAGCUCAACGUCUUGGGCGUAUUCUUAGGGCCAAGGGGCGUCUUCAAGAUAGGAUGGCUGGAGGUAAAGAGGAGUAUAAUGCAUUCUUUUACUCUCUUGUAUCGACAGAUACACAGGAAAUGUAUUAUUCAACUAAAAGACAACAGUUCCUGAUUGAUCAAGGGUAUAGCUUCAAGGUGAUCACAAACUUGCCACCUCCUGAUUCAGGACCUGAGUUGAGUUACCAUCAUCUUGAUGACCAGCUUGCACUUCUAGGAAAGGUACUAAGUGCAGGCGAUGAUGCAGUUGGGUUGGAGCAACUGGAAGAAGAUGCAGAUGAUAUAGCCCUUCAGAAAGCUCGACGUUCUAUGGGUUCUAUGAGUGCAAUGUCAGGAGCAAAGGGAAUGCUUUAUAUGGAAUACAAUGCUGGGAAAAAAGGGCCCGGAGGGCAUGUGCAGAAGAGCAAGCCGAAAGAUCCAUCCAAGAGACACCACUUAUUCAAGAAACGCUUUGGCUGAGGCUCGAGAGUACUCACCGUUGUGUAUUAUCUCUAACCAUUACUCUGUUGUAUGUCUUAGUUUAAGUGAGAGAGUAGGUGUAUCUGUAAUCUGAUAUUCUGACAAAGCAGCUUAAAAUAUACUAGCAGAAUAGGCUAUGGUUGUGAAUUUGUGAUAUGUUGGUAUACACUAUACAGUAUGUGGUAAUGGCCAUAAUUCAGUUCGUUGAGUUGGUCAUUGUUAGAAA